UCUUUGUCUUAUAAAACAAUAGACAUUUUAGAAUACGCUUAGCGAGAUGACGGUAUGUAACUUUCAAAUCUACGAGGCAACAUUUUAUGUGGGUAAUGUAAUUGAGAGGUGAGAGGGUCGUAGUAAGGCAUGGUUGAUUUUUUUAACCACUAGACAUUAAACAAUAAUUAAUGUUCUGUGGGUUAUUUACAACGAAGCUUUACUUGCUGAAGGAAUAAUCAGUACCAUUGUUUAAACUUCUUUUAAUUAAACAAAUAAUUAUUUGGUUGCUAAAGGUAUGAGUCGGCUUAAUAUUGACCUCAAGUUACAGAAGACGCUUUGAUAAAAGAAACCCUUUAAUUUACCCCAAUCGCAACUCGGUCGACUAUUUUAUGGCCAAUGUAUACUAUAUUAACGUAUACAAAUGAUAUGAAAAAGAUGCGUCGAUAAAUAUCAUAGGAAUUGUUUACAGGUGAUUGAGCAACUAGACUGACUUUAACUUUACUUUCGCUUUCUAAUCUGGAGCUGUUUUAUUGUUAAGUAACUUUCAAGGUUCUUAGAUCCAGUGACAUUUACAAAAAGAUCAUUAUGUUAACGAAUUUUUAUAUAGAGAAUAUAAUACGAUAUGAUCUUUACUCUGUUUCAGUUUUUUGAAGUACUUGCAGUCAUUGUAUUUUUAGUUGGAUUCUUAGAGGCAGCCAAUAAUGGUGUAGCAAGGACGCCGCCAUUAGGGUGGAUGUCAUGGGAACGGUUUCGCUGUAACACAGAUUGUGUAACCUACCCGGAUGCUUGUAUAAACGAACAAUUAAUUAUGCAAAUGGCUGAUCAUAUGGCUGCAGAUGGCUAUAAGGAUGUCGGAUAUGAAUAUGUCUGUAUUGACGAUUGUUGGCCAUUAAAAACAAGAGGUGCUGAUGGUCGACUUGUACCAGAUCCUGCCAGAUUUCCCAGUGGAAUGAAGGCUUUAGCUGAUUAUGUUCACAGUAAAGGUUUGAAACUGGGAAUCUAUACAGAUUUUGGUUACAUGACUUGUGGUGGAUAUCCUGGAAGUGAAUUUUAUCUUCAACUCGAUGCCGAAACAUUCGCAGAAUGGGACCUCGAUAUGCUGAAACUUGAUGCUUGCUACUCUUUCGGAGAGGAUUUGAAAUAUGGUUUUCCCGCUAUGGAAUUUUACCUCAAUCGUACUGGUCGUCAGUUUGUAUUUUCUUGUGACUGGGAUUGGGCAAUGAAUGAUCAAGCCAACUACACCCAUAUGGCAGAGUUUUGUAAUAUGUGGAGAAUAGCUCAUGAUAUGGAAGAUUACUGGGAUAAUGUUCAGCUAGUGAUUGACGUUUAUGCUAAUAAUUCCAGAAAUUUUAGUGCCUUUACAGGACCUGGAGCCUGGGCAGAUGCAGAUUCGGUUAUUGUUGGCCUGUAUGGUUUGAGUGAUGAUCAAGAACGAGCUCAGUUUGGAAUGUGGGCCAUGUUCGCCUCUCCACUGUUGCUGGCGGCUGAUUUAAGAUCAAUCAAAAACUCGUCUAAAGCACUGUUACUUAACAAAAACAUAUUAGCUAUCAAUCAAGACCCUCUUGGUAUACAGGGUACUUUAAGAAUGAAGUUGGGCCAAGACAAGAUCUAUGUAUUUUUGAAAGAACUAACUGGUGGUAGAACAGCCGUAGCAUUAUUUAAUUCAGAUUACCAUGGACAACCUGUUAGAGCCACGUUCAUGCUCAAUCAACUUGGAUUAACCAAUGGAAAUGGUUACAGCUUCACAGACGGAUUUACUGGCAUGGCUCGUGGAAAGUAUAUGCCUGCAACAGAAAUAAAUAUAGAUGUUAACCCGACUGGCAUAGACAUAUUUAUAGCAACUCCAGUGUAG